AUGAAGUCGAUUCUCUCUUCCAUCCUCCUCCUCACCCCCGCCGUGCUGGCCCUCCCGGCGCCCCAGACGACCGCCCCAUCUGCGCCAAUCUCCACCAAGCCUGCCCAAACCUGCAGCCAAAAGUCGCAGCACUUUGUCAGCUGGGAGCUCGUCGACUUCACCUACUCCCCGCUCGCGCCCUCGUCCGAGGAUGAUGCUUCUGUCCCGGAGACGUCCGUCUCCUUUGCCAUUGUGCAUAACGUGAUCGAGCACCAGACCAUCUGCACGGCCACCAGCCAGACGGCGUUUGACGGCACCGAGACGUUUGAUUGCGAGGAUGUGCCCACUGGCGAUGACCCGUCGACGUUUGAGGGUGGCAUGGCGCAGUUCAGCUUCGAUGCCUCUACGGGUAACGUGACGUUGACCCAGAGGUGGAUCUGCCACGAUGAUCCCAUUUGGCCGACUUACUUCACCGCCCUCGGAUCCGGCAUCGCUGGUCUUGGCUGCCCUGCUACCGGUAGCACUGCCGAGGAUGUGGCUUCAACGGCCGACUGUGCCGGCUCGACCGUCCAGGUCAACGUCACCGAGAUCUCAGCCAUUGCCUAA